CGGUGAGGUUGUGGCUUGAUGAUUGGGUGUUUCGAUGCGAGGACGCGGAUGUUAGGGAGUGGUCUGAGACUGUUGAAGAGUUAUGUAAAGGAGAUUGAAGGUUUCGACGAGAAUGUGUCGAUGUGGCAGUGGAUGGAGGAUAGAGCGGUCCGCGUCGAUGGGUGGAGCGAUGUCUCUGGAUGGAUGAUGAGGGCUCUUCGGGAUGUACGUGUUCAGCUGUCGACCUUGUAAAGCAUGUCGAGCAUGUAAACCCAAUA